GUCACAUACACACACACUUCUACAUACCCAAAACACACACAUACAUAAAACUCUUAUAUAUAUAUAUAUAAGCUUCUUAUUUACCCAUUUGCUUAAACAAUUCAACAUCUCUUAUUCAUCAAAAAAAAUUCUCCCACUCUCUAAAAAUUCACAUCUACUCUGUUUUCUUCUUUUUGCUCUGUUCCUAGUUCCUAAUAUGGAGAUGAAUUGGACAAGGGGACCAAUCAUAGGUCGAGGCUCAACCGCAACCGUCUCUAUAGCAAUCUCAAACUCCGGUGAGAUCUUUGCUGUCAAAUCCGCAGAGUUGUCUUCCUCAACGUUCUUGCAGAAAGAGGAAUCGAUCUUGUCCACAUUGAGCUCUCCUCACAUAGUCAAGUACAUAGGCUCUGGUUUGACGCGUGAGAACGAUCGAUUGGUUUACAAUAUCCUGAUGGAAUACGUUUCUGGCGGGAGUCUUCACGAUCUAAUCAAAAAAUCCGGCGGGAAGUUGCCGGAGCCGGCGAUAAGAUCAUACACACGACAAAUUCUCAACGGUCUGAUGUAUAUUCACGAGAGAGGGAUUGUUCACUGCGACUUGAAGAGCCAGAACUUGCUGGUCGAGGAGAACGGCGUUUUGAAAAUCGCUGAUAUGGGCUGUGCUAAAACGGUUGGCGAGUCGGAGUUUUCCGGCACACCGGCGUUUAUGGCGCCUGAAGUUGCUCGUGGUGAAGAACAGAGGUUUCCGGCUGACGUGUGGGCUUUGGGAUGUACGGUGAUGGAGAUGAUGACUGGAUCAAGCCCAUGGCCGGAGCUAAACGACGUCGUUGCUGCAAUGUAUAAGAUUGGAUUCUCUGGUGAGUCGCCGGAGAUUCCCGUGUGUGUAUCGGAGAAAGCUAAAGACUUUCUGAUGAGUUGUUUCAAGAAAGAUACAAAACAGAGAUGGACAGUGCACGAAUUGCUUAAACAUCCUUUUCUUGACAACGACGAUGAUAAAGAAUCUCAAUCUAGUGAGUGUCUGUGUCUGAAUAAGACUUCAUCUCCGAGCACUGUGUUGGAUAAACAUUUUUGGGAUUCAUGUGAAGUCUCGAAGUGUCAUUUAAUUUCGAUGGAUCAUGACAACCCUUUUGCUGGUUACUCGGAGUCUUGUGAUUCACCGGCUGAUCGGAUCGAGAAACUUGCCGGAGAUGAUAAUUCAAGUUUACCUGAUUGGGAUACGGAAGACGACGGCGGGUGGUACAAAGUGAGAGGCGAUGAACAUGAAGAAACCGAGGAACGCAACGGGGACCAGGACGUGAUUUGCGUUGAAGCAACGUCGUCGACUGAAGAAGUUGGGGAUUGGAAUUCGAAUCAAGACAGCUUGUUCUUGGAAUAUUCCUCUGACGACAUCAUUAAUAAUUUCUACUCUAAUGUUGCUAUUCAAGGAAAUUUUAUUGCUUUUUAUUAUUUUUGUCUUGAAGAUAAAAUAAAGAAUGUGUUUCGCACUACUACUACUAAUGAGAAUAAAAAAAACAUUUGUUUUUCAAACUGGUAG